AUGGUAAUAGAAAAGAAUCAGGAAUCAGCACUAGCGAUAAAUACAACAAUACCAAGUGAAACCAGGAAGAAGGAAUAUGAGGAACUAGAGAGGUACCAAGGGCUGAAAGAAGAACCAGAGAAGAUGCCGGAAGUAAAGAUCAAUGUGGUUCCAGUUGUGAUAUUAGCAUUAGGGGCUGCGACCUUUUCCCAAAUAGGUAAAAUUGCCCCAAUAGAUUCUAGGAACAACAUCAAAAAUUGCUCUCCGAAGGAACUAUUAACACAGAACCCAGAACCCUCAAGUUCUCAAGCUGGUAGAGGACUCGAGAUUGAGGAUGACUUAUACCACGAACAUGAAAUGAGAAAAGGAUAG